AUGAGUCUUCUUAGCUUUCAGUCGUCAGUUAUUGAUCCUAAGAAUCGCAAGAGAGAUUGGAAAGAAUCGAGAUACGCAACGAAGGAGAAAAAGGAGGAAUCCUAUCCAUUCUCGCGAACUUUCCUCGCAGACGUUAAAACAAAUUCCGGUGACCGCAAUGGAAAGACAUUAACCGUUAGCCGAUAUGGAUUCAUCACUCCUCAGACAUCCACGGGGCAGAUGUUGUGUAUCUUGGUAUGCUUACUCGGGGUCCCCAUUACUUUGCUCACAUUGAAAUCCAUUGGCGAACUCAUUGCCAAAUGGGUCCACACAAUCGUCUGGAAGUUUGAAAAGGAAAUCCUUAAAAGACCAGAACCAAAACAUAUGCAAACGAAGAGUGCCGUGAUCUUGUUCUCAUUUAUGGUGCUUUUGAUCGUGGUGAGUGCCUUGUGCAUUAGGGAUUCAAAUUGGUCUUUCGUUGAAGGCAUCUACUUCUGGUUUGUAACAUUUACUACAAUCGGGUUUGGUGACUACAUUCUCUGGAAACCCACAAGGAUCAAAAAGUUAUCUUUGAAUAGGUCUAAAACUCACAAUAAUAAGUCAUCUGACGCACUGCAGAGGCAGACUACUUUCGCAAUAUUCAAAGAUCUACUCAAAGCGUUUUAUUAUAUUGUGGCGUUGUGCAUUGUGUCAAGUGUGCUAAACGCAAUUGCGGCGCUAAUGGAAGAGCGAAGAUUCCAUACCACAUGCCCUUGUUGUAUUCCACGAAAGAAAAAGAAAACAGAUCCAAAAGACCCCGACGGAGAAGAAAGGCAGACAAGUAUUCCUGAUGAACGCGAUUUUAAUGUGGAAUAUUCUGACGAAAAGCAAAUUAAUUUCAAUAUGAGGGAUGCAAACAUCCCAGUGGAAUUAGCUGACAUUUAG